GCUAAAACGUGUUAUGACAUUUGCGUUCUCUGGCUUUAGUAAGCAUGCUGUCUCCUUUGAAGGCGCCCGAAUAAUUCAGUCAUUUGUUGAGGAUUAAAGUUUAAACGAAGGUUUUAUAAGAAGCAAUUGUUGAUAUUCUGUUGAGGCGAACACUGUAAUUUCACAAGCAUGAUGAACAGGACAUUAGCAAGGAAACUUCUAGGCUCCAUGUGUGGGCUCUCCAGCCCUCGACUGAGCUACGCUCAAACAGCCGUGAACGCUGUGCAGAAAGAGCUGAUCAAAAGUAGGGAACUGGAAAAGGAUGAGCUCAGACCUCUGUAUAUGGACUUUCAGGCCACCACACCCAUGGACCCUAGGGUUUUGGAUGCCAUGCUACCCUAUCAAGUGAAUUACUAUGGUAACCCACAUUCCAGGACACAUGCUUAUGGAUGGGAGAGUGAGAGUGCCAUGGAAAAAGCAAGAAAGCAAGUAGCAGAUCUUAUUGGUGCUGAUCAGAGAGAGAUUGUGUUUACCAGUGGUGCGACCGAGUCCAACAAUAUGUCUAUCAAAGGUGUUGCCCGGUUUUAUAAGGCUAAGAAAAAGCACAUCAUCACCACACAGACCGAACACAAGUGUGUGCUGGACUCAUGCCGUGUUCUGGAGGCAGAGGGUUUUGAUGUAACCUAUUUACCUGUGAAAAGUAAUGGGCUCAUUGACCUAAAGCAAUUAGAGGAAACAAUCCGUCCUGAUACAAGCUUGGUGUCAGUCAUGACUGUCAACAAUGAGAUUGGUGUCAAACAACCAAUCAAAGAGAUAGGUCAUCUGUGUAGAUCCAAGAAUGUGUUCUUCCACACUGAUGCUGCCCAGGCUGUUGGAAAGAUUCACAUUGAUGUCAGUGACUGGAAAGUGGAUCUGAUGUCCAUAAGUGCCCAUAAGAUCUAUGGGCCCAAAGGAGUUGGGGCUUUGUACGUCAGGAGAAGGCCCAGAGUCCGUAUUGAGCCUUUGCAGAAUGGAGGUGGUCAGGAAAGGGGCCUGCGUUCAGGUACUGUGCCCACACCUCUAGUAGUGGGGCUCGGAGCUGCCUGUGAGAUCGCCCAGCAAGAGAUGGAGUACGAUCACAAGCAUGUGGCGAUGCUUGCGAAUCGCCUCAUUCAGAAGAUCAUGUCUGAGAUGGCUGAUGUUGUGUUGAAUGGAGACCCAGAGCAGAGGUACCCAGGAUGCAUUAAUUUAUCAUUUGCCUACGUUGAAGGGGAGAGUCUGUUGAUGGCCUUAAAAGAUGUUGCGCUUUCAUCUGGAAGUGCAUGCACUUCUGCCUCCUUGGAGCCCUCAUAUGUACUCAGGGCAAUGGGAACAGAUGAGGACUUGGCACACUCUUCUAUUAGGUUUGGAAUCGGAAGAUUUACUACAGAGGAGGAAGUAGACUACACAGUGGAGAAGUGCAUUCAGCAGGUCAAACGGCUAAGAGAGAUGAGUCCUUUAUGGGAGAUGGUCCAGGAGGGCAUUGAUCUUAAGAGCAUCAACUGGACCCAGCAUUGAACUGUCUUCAAGCCCUGCUGCGGGUGUGAAUGCUCGUUUUGUACAACUUAAUUUUUUAAGCUAUACUGGAAUUCCUUUGAACUUCUUGUUCCCUCAAAAAAACACGCACAAUUGUAUUUUUCGAUAUGCAGGGAUUGCUGAGGAUAUGUAUUUUGUAAGUUUGUAAAACUCUUUUUAAAUUUUCUGAGAGCAUUAUGGAUUGAUUUUUAUUCCAGUUACAUAUAGUUACUCUGUUUAGUCUGUGGAACUAAAACUCUCAAAAUGGGUUACCGUAGACACGUCUUAACACAAACAUGCACUGUGUGUGUGUGUGUGUGUGUGUGUGUGUGUGUGUGUGUGUGUGUGUGUGUGUGCGUGUGUGUGUCGCGCAUCACAAUAUACCAUGAAACAUUUUAUGGUACACAUUGUACCAUAUUGUCUCCAACUGUGACCAGCAUUUUUAAUUUCAAUGAUUAGUUAUGCUUCGUUCAAAGAGGUGCAGUUUAUGGAUAGUUUAUAAAUCAUGUACAUAACAUCAGGAGAGAAACCUUAAAUAGUUUGCAGAAGAAUGUGUCUUUGACAUAUGUAACAUGUGUUGCUUGUAUGCAAUGUUUUUGCUUCUAACUUCACGGAAAAUAAACAGAACAUAAAACAUCACAUAUUAUUAUGUAGAGGAGGUGAUUAUCUUUAAAACAAGCCCACACAUGCCAUAACAGGAUGCAUUGAUCAUUAGAUAAUCCACACUAAACACAUUGUGCACUGGCUAAAAACACAUUAGCUUUCCUGGAUCAGGUGACUUCGUCAGAAAUUAUGUAGUAUGUUGCCCAGCAUCAUGGAACGUAAAACCAAUCGUUUCAGGAUUCAGAUCACUUCAACCAGAGGUGUACGUCAUCCAAAUAUGGGCAGAGAUUAUCAUUCGCUCCAAUUACAUAUGGCCACCAGAUUGUACCAAGUAUGUGGCAGACUCAAUGACACAAUAUGGACCUCAAUGAGAUCUUGUUACUCAUGCCUACAUGCUUUUUGGAGAGACAGCAUACCAUUAGUCGUUGUAUUUGCAUGUGUAAUUAGUAUGACAAUGAUCGUUUUAUUUGUUUAGAGAGGUUUUUGGACAUGAAUAAAGUAUAUUUGUAAUGCUAUAACUUUUGAUUGCUUUGUCGAAUCUACACAAAAUUUUACUUUGUUACGGGUGACAUGAUUGGGAACAAAAUAAAAGCAUUUUUUGGUGGUACCUUGUUUACACCCUGAGAUAUUAUGUAAAAUCAUUCACGUAAAAGCUUUUUUGUGUUUUUUCUUUUUUUUUUCAGCAGUUUCUUAGGGUGAGUUUCAGAAUUGAUCAUAAUCUAUAUAUUUGAAAAGUUUUCUUUAAAAUGAUACCAAACUUUUGGUAUGCAAAAACACCCUCAGAGCUUAAAGGGUUAAAUUCAACUGCCUAUUAAGAUGGAUCUUGCAUAAGAAAUUAAUUCUUAUUUUGUCUAGUAUGCCUUGCUUGUCUUGCACAAUUGCAGUUUACAGCUUCUGUGGUAACUGUUGUUGUAAAACUUGUUUUAUUAGGCUAUAUUUUUAUGUAAUCUCAAUAAACAUCCAA